CAAAACAAAGAGAGAAAGAAACUUUUUCAAACGGAGAGAGAGAGAAAGAGAGAGAAACAGAAACAAACACUGAAACAACACUCAUUUCAAUUUCUUUCUCUCUCCUCUUCUCCUUCUCCGGUUUCGCUUUCUCUCUCCUCGUCGAUCCCAAAUCUAUCAAGAAAAGUUGAAAUAAGAUGGACCAUGACCAGACUGGAUGCGAAGCUGCCCCUGAAGGUCCUAUGCUGUGCGUCAACAACUGUGGAUUUUUUGGAAGUGCAGCUACCAUGAACAUGUGUUCCAAGUGCCACAAAGACAUGAUGCUGAAACAGGAGCAGGCCACGCUUGCAGCAUCUUCCAUUGGGAACAUUAUGAAUGGUUCCUCAAGCAGCAGUGGAGUUGAACCUGCUAUCGCCACCAAUGUGGAAAUCUCAGUUGAUUCAGUGGAGCCCAAAACCAUCUCUGCACAACCGUUAGUUGCUUCCGGCUCAGAGGAGAGUUUGGAGAAGAAGCCCAAGGAUGGUCCCAAGCGGUGCACCAACUGCAAUAAGCGGGUUGGCUUAACAGGAUUUAAUUGUCGAUGCGGUAACCUUUUCUGUGCUGUACAUCGCUACUCAGACAAGCAUGAUUGUCCAUUUGAUUACCGCACUGCCGGACGGGAUGCGAUAGCCAAAGCAAACCCGGUUGUCAAAGCUGAGAAGCUUGACAAAAUAUAGAUCUGGUGUCUUAAAAGUUUAAUGUCUCGAGCUGCUGUUAUGCUCUUUGUCAUCAUGGGAUGAUCCGAGUUUCCUGCAUAUUUUAUUGAUGUUGUUAUUAUAUUUUUAUAUGUGAUGGGGGACUUGGAGUAUUAUCUCUGCAGUUUGAGAGACUGCUUAUUUCAUGUGAUUGGCGAAAAUAUAUGCCCCAGUGUUUUUUAAGUCUUUAAAUCUCUGCUAGUUUGGUGGAAGUUGGUGGUGUAAGCAUUAUAAGGCUUUUAUUUUGUUCCCUAUCUAUAUCUCUGUAAUAGUACAUGUCAAAAUGGUAUGUGCAAUUGACAGUUGAUUUAUGAAGGAUCCAUAGACAUGAGUAGAUUGUAUAUUAUUAUGGUUUUUAUGGCUA